AUGCACACCGAUAGGACACCCGCACCGAGAACACAGGGGCAAGGAUUAGGGCAGCACGAAACCAAUCCACCGAAGCUCCCUACCAUUCCCAUCCCGAAUUUCGAUGGAAAAAUAUGGGAAUAUGACAACUUUUGGACGCUUUUUCAAGACAAUUGCGCUCCGGGGAGAGCUCUAUGGCAACAAGGCGGAACUCGUGAGGGUACUGCAGAAACGCCUGGACAACGCGAAAGCAGACAAACCCUCGACCCAAGGGCAAAGGAAGCUACUGGAAUAUAUCAUUCCCCUGGUUAUGCAGCUACACAAAUUAGAAGUGAAUCUGGACGGCUCGUACAACACCCAAAAAGUGUUGUCCAAGUUUACACCUAG